ACGGCGCAGAGUAAAACCCUAAAUUCCUUACAUCACCCUGCCCAAUCUCGCUAUAAAAAUCGAACUCUUCAUUGCCUUCGGCCUUUCUGCACCGUCUGUCCGAUUCGUCAAGAUUUAGGCGGCGAGAGAGAUCCUUUGCAACUUUCAUUCUGAGCUUUUGUUAUAAAAUGGGUAAGGAGAAGGUUCACAUCAACAUUGUGGUCAUUGGCCAUGUCGAUUCUGGAAAGUCAACCACUACUGGGCACUUGAUCUACAAGCUUGGAGGUAUUGACAAGCGUGUCAUUGAGAGGUUUGAGAAGGAGGCUGCUGAGAUGAACAAGAGGUCAUUCAAGUAUGCCUGGGUGCUUGACAAGCUCAAGGCUGAGCGUGAGCGUGGUAUCACCAUUGAUAUUGCCCUAUGGAAGUUUGAGACCACCAAGUACUACUGCACUGUCAUUGAUGCUCCUGGUCAUCGUGACUUUAUCAAGAACAUGAUCACUGGCACCUCACAGGCUGACUGUGCUGUCCUUAUCAUUGACUCCACCACUGGUGGUUUUGAAGCCGGUAUUUCAAAGGACGGUCAGACUCGUGAGCAUGCGUUGCUUGCUUUUACCCUUGGUGUCAAGCAGAUGAUUUGCUGCUGUAACAAGAUGGAUGCCACGACCCCGAAGUACUCCAAGGCAAGGUAUGAUGAAAUCGUGAAGGAAGUGUCUUCCUACCUCAAGAAGGUUGGAUACAACCCUGAGAAGAUCCCCUUUGUCCCCAUCUCUGGCUUUGAGGGUGACAACAUGAUUGAGAGGUCUACCAACCUCGACUGGUACAAGGGACCAACCCUGCUUGAGGCUCUUGAUCAAAUCAAUGAGCCCAAGAGGCCCUCAGACAAGCCUCUCCGUCUGCCACUUCAGGAUGUGUACAAGAUCGGUGGUAUUGGAACUGUUCCUGUGGGUCGUGUGGAAACUGGUGUCCUCAAGCCCGGUAUGGUUGUUACAUUUGGCCCAUCUGGACUGACCACUGAAGUUAAGUCUGUUGAGAUGCACCACGAAGCUCUCCAGGAGGCUCUUCCUGGAGACAAUGUUGGUUUCAAUGUAAAGAAUGUUGCUGUCAAGGAUCUCAAGCGUGGUUUCGUUGCAUCUAACUCCAAGGAUGAUCCUGCGAAGGAGGCUGCUAACUUCACCUCUCAGGUCAUCAUCAUGAACCACCCUGGCCAGAUUGGUAAUGGAUAUGCCCCAGUGCUUGACUGCCACACUUCUCACAUUGCUGUCAAGUUUGCUGAGAUAUUGACCAAGAUUGACAGACGAUCUGGCAAGGAGCUUGAGAAGGAGCCCAAGUUCUUGAAAAAUGGUGAUGCUGGAUUUGUUAAGAUGAUUCCCACCAAGCCCAUGGUUGUUGAAACUUUCUCGGGGUACCCACCCCUUGGUCGUUUUGCUGUUAGGGACAUGCGACAGACAGUUGCUGUUGGUGUCAUUAAAAGUGUUGACAAGAAAGACCCGACAGGUGCCAAGGUCACCAAGUCUGCUGUCAAGAAGAAGUGAGGUGUUUUGGAGGUCUACCGUAGCUAGGCUUAUUUUCUGUGAUGUUUGAUUUCUUAUUUAUGUGGACGCUGAACAGCUUUUAUAUGCAUCCAUUACAAUACCGCUAAAGUUGAGCAGUUGGUCAUUAUCUGGGCGCUCCGCUGGCAGUGAUGGAAUGUUAGUCGGGUUUUUCCUGUUUCUUGAUUCGUUUCUAUUGCUUUAAAAUGAGUUAGUCAUCAAAUCCCCCAUGUGAAAACCUUAUGGAUUCAAUUGAAUAGUUAAUGUUAUGC